UUGAAUGUUUCCUCAUUUUUUGUAGUUAUUUCGGCUUCGAAUGACACGACUGUGAAGGUGUGGAACGCCCGUACGGGAUUUUGUAUGUCCACGCUGCCCACGCAUAAGGACUACGUGCUGGCCCUUGCCUACGCUCAACACAGAGAAGAGGUUGCCAGCGCUGGUCUUGAUCAUGCCAUCUUUCUUUGGGACGUGAAAACGUUGCGAAAUCUCACGCCUAAAAACAACACAGUCACGACCUCCUCAUUUAACGACGAAAAGGACAGCAUAUAUAGCCUAGCGAUGGAUCCGGCUGGCUCGAUCCUUGUCGCCGGUAGUCCGGACAAGCUUAUUAGGAUGUGGGACCCUCGAACCUGUCAACAAAUCGGGCAGCUGCGAGGCCAUACAGACAACGUCCGGUCACUCAUUGUUCGUCCCGAUACACACGAGGUUUGUACUUAUUAUCCCGACAACUUCACAAUUUCUGCCGCUCUUCUUUUUGUGCAAAGCUGUCUACUCCUUCAUCGGUCCUCUCUCUGCUUCUAA